UAUUUAUUAAUUUAUGUGUAAUGAGUCUGUCUUAUAGCCAAUACCACGAGGACUAUAGACCGCAACUCCAUUACACACCGCCUAAGGGCUGGAAUAACGACCCCAACGGCCUGUUGUAUCAUAAGGGGACAUACCAUCUAUUUUACCAAUUCUAUCCCAAUGACACCAAAUGGGGUCCAAUGCACUGGGGUCACGCCACCUCACCCGACCUGUUCCACUGGCAGACUCUACCCAUAGCCCUAUACCCCCAGUUAAAGGGCCAGGAGGAUAUCUGGUCGGGCAGUGCUAUAGCUGACACCCACAACGUGACAGGUUUCGCACCGGGAGGUUCGCCCAACACUACACUUAUCGCUAUAUUUACGGGCCAUAGUGCACCGGAUGGGGUUCAGAGCCAGUGGAUGGCCUACAGUCUGGAUAACGGUCUCAAUUGGGGUUAUUAUGCAAAAAACCCGAUAAUACCGGACCCGCCGAAGGUUCGGGACUUUAGGGACCCAAAGAUAUUCAACCAAUACCACGAGGACUAUAGACCGCAACUCCAUUACCCACCGCCUAAGGGCUGGAAUAACGACCCCAACGGCCUGUUGUAUCAUAAGGGGACAUACCAUCUAUUUUACCAAUUCUAUCCCAAUGACACCAAACCAGGUCCAAUGCACUGGGGUCACGCCACCUCACCCGACCUGUUCCACUGGCAGACCCUACCCAUAGCCCUAUAUCCCCAGUUAAAGGGCCAGGAGGAUAUCUGGUCGGGCAGUGCUAUAGCUGACACCCACAACGUGACAGGUUUUGCACCGGGAGGUUCGCCCAACACUACACUUAUCGCUAUAUUUACGGGCCAUAGUGCACCGGAUGGGGUUCAGAGCCAGUGGAUGGCCUACAGUCUGGAUAACGGUCUCAAUUGGGGUUAUUAUGCAAAAAACCCGAUAAUACCGGACCCGCCGAAAGUUCGGGACUUUAGGGACCCAAAGAUAUUCAAGUAUGGAGACUAUUACGCCCUGGUAUUGGCGGUCGGGGAUCAUGUUAAUAUAUAUAAUAGCCUUAAUAUGAAGGAAUGGCAACUGAAGCAGGAGUACGGCUUCAAAGUAGGCUCACACGAAGGGGUCUGGGAGUGUGUCGACCUGUUCCCAAUCAACGCCACCAUCGACGGCAAAACAGUGGAGAAGUGGGUGCUGACAGUGAAUACGGCCGGUCGGACCCAGUAUUUCAUCGGCACAUUUGACGGCCAAAAGUUCACAAACGAUAACCCGGAUAACCUGAUCCUAUGGGUGGACUACGGGCCCGAGAGCUACGCGGGUGUCACCUAUAAUAUGGAGGACAGCGGGCGCCGGGUGUUCAUCGCAUGGAUGUGUAAUUUUGGGUACAUUAAUGAGGUGCCCACCAGCGUAUGGAGGGGUGGUAUGACAUUACCCCGCGAUUUAAGCCUAAUUAAUACGGCGGCGCCUGAUAGUAAGCUACGGUUGGCGUCUAUACCGGCGCCGGAGAUAUUGAAAUUAAACCAAAACUCCACUAAAAUCUCGGGCGGAGUACUCAAAGCUAACACAUCCCUGUCCAUUGUGCCGAAAGUGGCGUCAAAACUGGUGGACAUAGAGUUGGAGCUGGAUAUGAGUGGCGCGAAUCAGAGCGCCGACAGGUUUGGGGUUGAGUUCAAGGGAGCAAAGGAUUGGCUGCGAGUGUACUAUACCGGUGCCGGCAAUAAGUUUGUGAUAGAUAGGAGUGGCGCCGGUAGGCAUGAGUUUAGUAAGAAUUUUAUGUUGACUCCCGACGCGCCUCGACUGACCACUGGGCCGGUAGUGUCUAUGCGUCUGGUGCUCGACGUGUCGUCCGUUGAAUUGUAUGCCGACAGUGGGCUAACUGUAAUGACCGGUAGUUUCUACUCGACGGACAACUUAACCGCAAAUAUUAGUCUGUUUUAUGAGUCCACAGAUAAUACAAAACAAUUGAAAUGUAAUGACAUUAAUAUUAAUUCAUUGAAAAGCAUUUGGAAUUAA